AUGAAGUUGCAGGGAGAGGCAGAGGUGGAGGGAGAAAUUCAGGAGCUGAGGACCAUCACUCGGCUCCAGGAGCAAUGCCGGACGCUCCAGAUCCAAGGGAUGAAGGAGAAGCUGGCGCAGAACAAGACCGCUAUGGCCCUGCUGCGCGACCACAUCCGGGAAAGCGCCCAGGACAGGGCCUUCACCGCCAAGUUCGACCAGCGCGCCAUCUCCAAGGUCUGCGCCAAGGACCCGGCCCUGUGGCUGGCGCACAGGAACGGCACGAUGGAGGGGGCGCAGGACAAGCUGCGCAAGUGCAUCUUCGACCGCGUGAACACGCACAACGAGCUGAUCCACCUGGUGCGGCGGCGCGGGCAGAAGCUGGAGGGCCUGAAGCUGGAGCUGGAUCAGCUGCGGAGCCAGUCGGAAUCCACGCGGGAAGAGCAGCGGCAGCUGCAAGUCAUCCGUCAGCUAGAGAACAACAUUGAAAAGACAGUCAUCAAGAUUACUACCAGCCACAACAUCCACCAGCUGUACCUCAACCUGCUGGAGCACCUGAAGAGGGUGCUGGCAGUGUACCCCAAGGAGUUGGACAAGCUGCAGAACCUGGUGGCUGACUACUGCUCAGAACUGUCAGACAUGAUGGUCAUGUCCCAGGACGCCAUGAUGAUUACAGAUGAGGUGAAGAGGAACAUGAGACAAAAGGAGGUGACCUUUAUCGAGGAGCGCCGGGCCCGCGAGAACCGGCUCAACCAGCAGAAGAAGCUCAAUGACAAGAUCCACAACAAGGAGGCCAGCGAGAAGUACCGCCGGGGCCACAGAGACUUGGACUUCUCAUCCAACAUAAUAAACGCUGAGACCCAGAGGGUGAAGAAGAGAGAGUCAUCUCCAGUGGAUGUGGAGUACCAGACGGAAGUGACAGCCCUGGUGGAGAAGGUCAAGUCCACUGUGCAGUGCUCCCAAAUCUGGGACAUUGCCGGCCGCUUCCUGGCUCAGAAGAACACUGAAGAGAACCUGGAGCUACAGAUGGACGACUAUGAGGCGCGACGGGCACAGCUGGACGCCCUGAUGAAGAAGCUGGAGCUCGAGCAGGCGCUGCUUAAAUUCCACCAGAAACCCGGCUUCACCAGCUUUAAGUCCGUUGAGAAGAAGAUGAAGAACAAGCUGGAAGAGGAGGAAGCUAGGCUCCAGCUAGCCACCAGAAACCUGACCAAGAGCCAACAGCUGCUACUGACGAUCCAGGUGGGAAUCGACAACCUCUACAUGCGGCUCAUUGGCAUCACUCUGCCAAGUCACCAGAAGGAAGUGGUGCUCUCUGACCCACUGGAUGUGUACAGCAAGCUGGAGUACUGUGAGGGGAAGCUGGCGUACCUGGCUGACAAGCUGAAAAUGAAAACCAUGACGCAUGAGGCCGACCUAAAGGUGAAGGAUGCUCUGGAGUUGUCCACUGUGAAGGAGAAAUACAACACCAGGAUCACCUUUGAAGACUCAGAGGAGGAUGUGAUAG